AUGAAGUCUGCUUUGGCUCUUGCGUUGCUUGGUGCCUCUGCUGGCGCCAUCAAGGUCGACUUUACUAGUGAUGCCUCGAUCAAAGAUGGCGCGAGCACCAUUGCGUAUGGGCUCAUGAAGUAUUACAAUGGCAACGAGACGGGCCAGAUUCCGGGCAACCUCCCCCAGCCAUACUUCUGGUGGGAAACGGGCGCCUUGUUCACGGCCUUGAUCGACUACUGGGCCACGACGGGCGACGACUCGUACAACUCGUUGACCUCCCAGGGCCUGCUGCAACAGGUCGGCGACAACAACAACUUCAUGCCGGCGAACCAGACCAAGACCGAGGGCAACGAUGACCAGGGCAUCUGGGCUCUGGCCGCCAUCGCCGCGGCUGAGAGCGGAUUCCCGAGCCCGUCCAAGGAUGAGCCUCAGUGGCAGGACCUCGCUGUGAAUGCCUUCAAUGACCUUGUGCAGCGAUGGGACACCAAGAACUGCGACGGCGGUCUUCGGUGGCAGAUCUUCACCUUCAACGCCGGCUAUGACUUCAAGAACUCGGCUUCCAACGGCGUCUUCUUUGAUCUCGCCGCCAGGCUGUAUCUGCAGACCAAGAAUACCACGUACUCGGACUGGGCCACCAAGAUCUUCAGCUGGGAGCAGGACGCCGGCCUCAUCACCGACACUAACCAGGUCCUCGAGGGCGUCAACACCGCAAACUGCAAGAACAUCGACAAGACCCAGACCAGCCUGAGCGCGAGUCUCUUCCUGCACGGCAGUGCUGUCCUGUACAACGCCACGACAUCUACCCAGUGGAAGACGCGCGUCGACGGCCUGCUCAAGGGCGUGCAGGAGGCUUUUGUCAGCAACGGCAUCUUCGUCGAGGUUUCGUGCGAGACGGUAAAGACGUGCAGCACCGAUUUGCAGGCUUUCAAGGGCUUCCUUAUUCGGUCGCUCGGGGAGACGGCUCAGCUGGCUCCUUACACCGGUGCCACCAUCCAGCCGAUUCUCCUCACGAACGCAAAGGCCGCGGCCAAGGCCUGCUCGGGAUCGCCAUCCAAGGGCUUUGCCGGCCAGGCGGGAACUGCGUGCGGAUUCUCGUGGGCUGGGAGCAACAGCACCUUUGACGGACUGACGGGAGUUGGCGAGCAGAUGAAUGCUCUGUCUGCUGUUGUCUCGACUUUGACGCUGAAUGCUAAGGGCCAGAGCAACGGAACGAGCCCUGACAAGCCUAGUGGAACUUCACCAUCUAGCCCGGCUACUACGACGCCCAAGGGUGCUGGAAACAGAGUUGCUGCGGAUGGCAUGGCGGCUUUGGUUGUUUUGGGUGGGAUUCUGUAUGGGUUGUUGUAA